GAUGCGCGUCGCGAACGGCGGCAGCUCAUGCGGUAAGCAAUUCGUCGGUGGAGUCCCCGCAGCCAUCGUCGUGAUGGCCUCAGAUGCUCAAAGAAAGUGCAGGAACAUUCUCGAUACCAGAAAUUAUCGGGAUUCGUCGCCAAGUUGUAGACUCAUGCAGCCAGCGGUGCGACGGGUCGUUUUCCUGGCAUUGCCCAGUUCGCAUUUCCCACUCACUCAUCUUCUAGUUCUCGUUGUCCAGCUCGAAGCUGACGCCAUAGGAGGUUGUAUACUGUUCGUUGCGUGCUACAUCCUUCCCGGUUCCCACCGACUUGAGUGGAUGCCAGUGCUCGUUUUCCUAUGAAGUGCUCGGCGACAAGGGUUGUCAUUCUGGUUGUCGUCUUGCGAAUGACUGAGUUCAGGUAGUGUAUCUUGUCAUUCCUGAGUUUCCUAUUUUCGGGGGCUGAUUCUAUCCUGUCGUGCCUACCUGUUGGCGAGGAGUGGGGUGGGGCAAUCUCCGAGGAGCUUGGUUUGUUUGAAGGAAAAGUUAUGUACCGAAAGAGUGACUGGCUUAGGUAAGGGAAGCUUUUGUGGUCUGCGUGGAGGAACAGAGUGGUCGUUGUGAACGACGUUCUUUCGAAGUGACUUAAUGAAAACCCUUCUUAGUGGGUUUGAGUCCAUCAAUGCGGAAACGAGAGCAAGAUGCACUCGAUUAGUGGUUUAAGCCUUGUUGUUUCCUAGCGACACGCCUGUGAAUGAAUCCACUUGAGGUUCAUCUUCAUCGACUUCGACAGGGUCAUCUAUUCAAAUGAGGAAGAGCGCUGCUGACAGCAGUAAGGUGAAGAGCAGCGUAAGCGGAAAGCCGACGCCCGUGUCUUCCGACAAAAGAAUUCGCAAACCAAGAAAAAUUUCCUCUGUCCUGCGUGAUUUCUUUCACAUUCCGCUGUUCUCUUGCCGCGGCUCCGACUCGGGCUACGAUAAUCGUCCACAGCUGGGAACCUCCGUCAUAGGAACCUUGUAUGGUCAGAGGAAAGGCAAUGUGUUAUUGGCGAUCCAAGAUGACCCAAAGUGCUUGCCGCUCUUCAUUCUGGAACUAGCGACGCAAACCGGUUCCCUGGUGAGAGAAAUGGCAUCAGGGUUGGUCCGAAUCGCCCUGGAGUGCGAGAAAACUCCCGGUGAAGGCAAGCUGCUACUUCAGGAGUCGACAUGGUCCAUGUACUGCAACGGCCGGAAAACGGGCUACGCAACCCGACGAGAGUGCACAGAGAUCGAUCGCCACAUCCUCACUCUCGUCCAGGCCGUCUCUAUGGGGGCAGGCGUAUUGCCCAUGGCCAAAGAGAGCGAGCUCAUGUACAUGCGAGCGCGGUUUGGGCGUGUCACAACCUCCGCCGACUCCGAAUCCUUCUACAUCAUGAACCCUGACGGAAGCGAGGGGCCGGAGCUCAGCAUUUUCUUAACUCGCACAUAGUCAAUCACGUCUCACCGAUCAAUCGAACUGUAUUACAGUCACAGGCAUUCGUGCCCUUUUCUAGUCCCAGGUUGACCACGGCCACACCAAGUCCAAUUCUCUGCUGCCGCUGCUGCUUCAAACACCGGCAAUGGCUUCACGUUUUGGUUACGAAGUCUCAUCGGCCAGCACUGCAUCGACGCUUCAAAUAGUGCGACAAUGGCCCGAACCCAUCACGCUUCUUACGAAAUCGUAUUAGGAUUUCGAAGCGGGUUUCCAGCACUGCUUCCCUCUUACUUGUCCAACCUGUGUACAUUAAAAUUAGGGUUUCGAAUAGACCACAAUCCCAUUGCAAUUUC